AACUCAAUUAUCUUCAUCGUAAUUUUCAAUUUAUCUUCAUCUUAAUUUUCAAUUUCAACUCUUCUCGAAUGUCAACAGAAAGGGAGAGAUUGGAUGAGAUGGGAAAGAAGUUAAAGAGAGAGAUGGAUAUUUCACAACUACAUAUGCAACAACAAAUGGGAAGAAGACACGUAUUGGGGCCUGGUGGAGGAGGAACAACAUUGAAUAAUGUUACACCUUGUGCUGCUUGUAAACUUUUAAGAAGAAGAUGUGCUGAGGAAUGCCCUUUUUCUCCAUAUUUUUCCCCACAUGAACCUCACAAAUUUGCUGCUGUUCAUAAAGUCUUUGGGGCUAGCAAUGUCUCCAAGUUGCUCAUGGAAGUGCCAGUGGGACAAAGAGCAGAUGCAGCAAAUAGUUUGGUAUAUGAAGCAAAUGUGAGGCUAAGAGAUCCAGUGUAUGGAUGCAUGGGUGCAAUUUCAACUCUACAACAACAAAUUCAAAGUUUACAAGUUGAACUUAAUGCAAUUAGGGCUGAAAUUCUUAGAUACAAAUGUAGAGAAGCUGCUAAUAGUCUUAUUGCAUCUAUUUCCACCUCUAUGCCACCUGAAUUGCCACAAGCUCCUCCUACUCCGCCGCCGCCACCACCACCACCAUCUGUCGUGGUGGUUUCCUCCUCCUCUUCUUCUGCUUCCUCAACUUCAUCUAAUUUGUACACACCGGCCUCGUCUAGUGUGGCAAACUUCAGUGCCAUAACCAAUAAUAACAUAUCGUAUUUUGAUCAGUAAUAGUGUCAUAUAAAAUGAAACAGAUCAGACAAUUAAGGAAAGACAUUUGGAGAAUUAAUUUUAGUUCACUUUUUUUUUUCUUUUCAAAUUUUUCAUUGAUAAGAGCAUUAUUAUAUAAACAUACCAUAUUGUAUCUCAAGUUAUGGCAAUUA